AUGGACGGAGGCGGGGACCCAGAGCGGCAGCAGGCCCUUGAGCAAUACAAGAACAAAUUGCUGGAGUCGAGAGAAUGGGAAGCGAAGCUCAAAGCACUGAGAAUGGACAUUAAAGGUCUUCAAAGAGACUUCGAAACUACGGAAGAAAACAUCAAAGCGUUACAGAGUGUCGGCCAGAUUAUUGGUGAAGUGCUGAAACAACUCGACGAGGAACGAUUCAUUGUGAAGGCUUCCUCCGGUCCCAGAUACGUUGUUGGCUGCCGGUCCAAGGUCGAUAAGAGCAAGUUGAAACAAGGAACGCGAGUGGCGCUGGAUAUGACGACCCUUACAAUCAUGCGAAUGCUUCCGCGGGAAGUAGAUCCCCUCGUCUACAACAUGUCACUGGAAGACCCCGGGCAAGUGUCCUUUGCCGGUAUUGGUGGUCUGAAUGAGCAAAUCAGAGAGUUGAGGGAAGUCAUCGAAUUACCAUUAAAGAACCCGGAGCUUUUCGUACGAGUCGGCAUCAAACCUCCCAAAGGCGUGUUACUUUACGGGCCACCCGGAACGGGAAAGACACUGCUGGCCAGGGCUGUUGCGAGCAGUCUUGACACGAACUUCCUCAAAGUUGUGUCCUCCGCCAUUGUUGACAAAUACAUUGGUGAAUCUGCCCGGUUGAUAAGAGAGAUGUUUGGGUACGCCAAAGAACACGAGCCUUGUAUCAUCUUCAUGGACGAAAUCGACGCUAUUGGAGGAAGACGGUUCAGUGAAGGCACGUCGGCCGAUCGAGAGAUUCAAAGAACGCUCAUGGAGCUGCUGAACCAGUUGGACGGCUUUGACUAUCUGGGAAAGACCAAGAUCAUCAUGGCAACCAAUAGACCCGACACACUCGACCCGGCAUUGCUACGAGCUGGACGGCUUGACAGAAAGAUCGAGAUUCCGCUACCGAACGAGGUAGGCAGAUUGGAAAUUCUGAAAAUCCAUGCUGCGGGUGUGGUGACAGAAGGCAACAUCGAUUUCGAGAGCGUGGUCAAGAUGAGCGAUGGGCUGAACGGAGCUGAUUUGCGAAACGUCGUCACCGAAGCCGGACUUUUCGCCAUCAAGGACUACCGAGAUGCAGUAAAUCAGGAUGACUUCAACAAGGCUGUGCGGAAGGUGGCCGAGGCGAAGAAGUUGGAGGGCAAGCUCGAGUACCAAAAAUUGUAA